AUGGAUGGCACUGGUGAUGCCACUGAUGUGUACCACCAACCUAACAUCAAAACAGAGGCUUUUUACACAGAGGAUAAUGUGGUACCAGAUCAUCAACCCCAAACCCCAGAAUAUUACUGUAAAGUAUCAGCUGCUCCUUUGCCACCUGUGCAAGAUGAUGAACCAGAACCUCCAAAGCGCUCGUCAACCACUACUCGGUCCAAACCACAGUCUUGCAAAGUCUGUGGUAAGACACUGUCAUCUGCUUCCAGCUAUUAUGUUCACAUGAAGUUGCACUCUGGAUCUAAACCAUUUCAUUGUACAGUGUGUGAAGCUUCUUUCUGUAGGAAGCCUUAUUUAGAAGUUCACAUGCGCACUCACACUGGUGAAAAACCUUUUCAGUGUGAUCUGUGUAUGAAGCGAUUUACCCAAAAGAGUAGCCUCAACACCCAUAAACGUGUUCACACCGGUGAACGCCCAUAUGCCUGCGAUGUGUGUCAUAAGCGUUUUGCUGUUAAAAGUUAUGUGACAGCCCACCGCUGGAGCCACAUUGCGGACAAACCUCUGGCAUGCGAGCGUUGUGGGCUCACAUUCACAGCUAAAAGCCAAUUUGCCCUCCAUGUUCGUACCCAUGCAGCUGCUGCAGGCUUUGAAUGUCGUGUAUGUGGUCGGGCUUUUGUACGCGACUCCUACCUCAUUCGGCACCAUAAUCGUGUACAUCGAGACCCAAACACCCAAACAGUGCAGGUAGUUCAGUCUCAGCCACCUGUUGUAACAACUGCCAGUUCAAGUUUUGAAGCAAGUGAAUACAGCCCAUCACACACUCAUUUCAUGUCCUGCUGA